UGCCAGAAAAGUUAUUGGAACUAUCAGCUGUCAACAAGGACUGUUGUUCUCGAUUUUGCAAACGAAAAUUCACUCAUAUCUUCGAUGUAGCCUUAGGAAAUCGUAUCCGCUUUAUUAUUAUAUGAAAUGAAACUAUAACGGGGAUGUGGUUAGGUGUAUAUAAUAGGGUGACAGGGAGCCAUGAAGCGUAACCGGGGGGUCAUAAUGGGGCAGCAUGAAGCAGGGAGGGCGAUCCUCGGGUGCACUGGAGCAGAACAACUCACUUGGUGUGGCUUCCACUCCUUACUCACCAACACGUAGUCUCAUUUAUACACACUACUACAAACUUCAAGUUACGCCCUGUGUACUGCCGGUAGGCCUUCAGGUAUUCCUGGAGUGUGUUGGUGGGAGCGGUGGGAAAGUUUUACUCGGUGUGCUAGGGUCAAGCAUCUAGGGAAGGAGGAAUAUUUAAUAUUGUGGUCAGUGUGUUGUGGGAUUUAGGUGUAGGCAGUGAGCAUGUCCAGAGUGUCCAUCUUGAAGGUCUGCUGGUCCUGUCUGGUGUCCAUCUUGAAACUCUGCUGCCUACCAGUCUCCUGCUCCUCUCUGCUAUCUGCCUCGAGACUCCUAUUUUUAAUCAUUGUUUCAUUAUAUCUGGGUUAUCCUAGGUAAACUCUUCAUAAUUUAUUACUAAUGUAUGCCUAUAAUAAUCAUGUGCUUAAUGUAACAAUUUUAGAAAUUUUUGUUUUUAUAGCUCUAUGUUUAACCUAGAUGUAGCUUAUCUAAUCUUAUCUUCCAACAUUACUGAUAUACUCAAAGUUGUGCUGUGUAAUUUGAAGGACUUGGCUUAACUUCUCUGCAUUUUUAAGUGUUCAUUACAAAUUUCAUAGACUUAUAGUAGAACUUACAAAUAUAUAGAUGUGUGAACAGAGCCAGGGUUGAUCUUUCCCAGAACUUUUAAUCCUCGCCUUAGGCCCAUUUCAGACAUAGACAGAGAUAUACAUCACAGCACCAUAUCAUCCUUUGCGGAUGAUACUAGGAUCUGCAUGAGGCUGUCAUCUGCUGAGGAUGCGGUUAACCUCCAAGAAGAUAUAAACAAAGUUUCCAGUGGGCAACGGUAAACAAUAUGAUGUUCAAUGAGGACAAAUUCCAACUACUCCGUUAUGGAAAACUGGAGGAGAUAAUAACUAGAACAGAGUAUACUACAGACUCUGGUCAUACAAUACAGCGGAAAAAUAAUGUAAGGGACCUGGGAGUAGUAAUGUCUGAGGAUCUCACUUUCAAGGAUCACAACAGUGCCACGAUCGCACGUGCAAAGAAAAUGAUAGGAUGGAUAAUGAGAACAUUCAAAACGAGAGAUGCCAAGCCCAUGAUGAUCCUUUUCAAAUCACUUGUUCUCUCUAGGCUGGAAUACUGCUGUACAUUAACAUCUCCAUUCAAAGCAGGUGAAAUCGCAGAUCUAGAGAGUGUACAGAGAUCCUUUACUGCACGUAUAAGUUCUGUCAAGCACCUUAACUACUGGGAACGCUUGGAAGCACUUGACUUGUACUCGUUGGAACGCAGGAGGGAGAGAUACGUAUAUCAUAAUCUACACUUGGAAAAUCCUGGAAGGAAUGGUCCCAAAUCUGCACACAGAAAUCACUCCCUACGAAAGUAAAAGACUGGGCAGGGGAUGCAAAAUGCCUCCAAUAAAAAGUAGGGGCACCAUUGGUACACUAUGGGAAAAUGCCAUAAGUGUCUGGGGCCCAAGACUGUUCAACAGCCUCCCAUCAAGCAUUAGGGGAAUUGCCAAUAAACCCCUGGCUGCCUUCAAGAGAGAGCUGGACAGAUACCUAAAGUCAGUGCUGGAUCAGCCAGGCUGUGGCUCGUAUGUUGGACUGCGUGUGGCCAGCAGUAACAGCCUAGUUGAUCAGGCCCUGAUCCACCGGGAGGCCUGGUCAUGGACUGGGCCGCGGGGGCGUUGAUCCCCGGAAUAACCUCCAGGUAAUCUCCAGGUAACCAGAAACUUUCAAGAUGAGUUCCGACACUUUGACCUUGCCAACAGAUGUAGAGGUUCAUGAGAGUAUCACCAACAUUGCUAUUUGGCUUGAAACUCACAGUCAUGCUGGACCUCAGCAAACCCCAGAAGAAAUUACAUCAGAAGAUUUAGCUGUAGCAGUGCCAGGAGAGUGCCUCUUUCCAGAGCUGUGUACAGAAAAUGAGGAAGCAUCACACGAAGAAGAGAAGGGAAUCCUCGUGUACACAGACAGUAAUGAAGACAAGUACAUCUGGUUGAAAGGUGACUGGCAUCCAUUAGAGAGAGUUUUGAGCAUUAAUUCACCAAACAGUGGAUGGGUUCGAACUUCCUGCCUGGGUGAGCGGCUGCUGGUGCUUGUGCUGACACAGCUGGACUAUGCUGCUCGUGAGGCUGAGGCUGAAGUGCCCUAUGGCUGCUGUCCCCUGACUGAUCCCACGUACCUCCUCUGGCAUCUGCACCGCCCAGCUGGCAUGUGCUCGCUCAAACGCAAGGGUACUAGUAUAUGGGGUGGUGAGGAUGUGUAUGCAUGUGACACGCUGGAUACCAUGUACGUUCGACCUUGUGCUCGAAGGCAGGGUCAUUCGUUGGCUCUUUUAAGAACACUGGCAUCAGAACUUCCUCCUGGUGAUCACCUUGGUUUAUCUCAUCCGGUCUCUCUUAGCAUGUGUAAAGUGCUGCUGAAGUUUAUUCAAGUCUACCCUGAGCUGCGAGAUACUCUUUGGACACUGGAUGAAGAUGGAGAAGUGUCUGGUACUGUGACUCUUAUGCUAGGCUCACUCAUGAUGCGUGGUGCUCUUCAUGGAGCUGGUACUCAUAAUGCUUCACAACCUCACCAACCCAUGGAAGAAGCCCAGCAGCCCAUGGAACAAACAGAUCAACCCAUGGAACAGACAAGUCUGCAGCAAAAGCAAGACUCUCAACAGCAGCAGGAAUCAGAACCUUGUGAUACCUCUUAAGGGCAAAAGCUGGAGGAGGUAUAAUGAGCACUCAUUUUAUUUAUUAAAGUUCAUUUGUUGUUUGUUGAAACUUCUUCAGGAAGUGUUUAUAAAUUUGUUUAUAUAAAAAAUAGUUUUACAAAUUUUAAAUACUGUUGUUAAUAUAUAGGAUAAAUAAAAAAUUUAAUUACUAAGCAAGAUACCUGAUGGAGUUGAGUGGUUAGCUUCGAAAAUGAGAUUACUGUGCACAAGUUCUGGUUAAUAAAUUUGUUUUACAGAAAUAAUGGAGAGAAUUGUUUUUUGUGAGAUUAGGAUGAUUUUAAGUGUGCAUGUACUGUUAUGUUCAAAUACUGGAUUAGUAAUUUAUGUACGAUUUAGAUGAACUGCUACCGUAAAUGCCAGAAAAAAUAGCUCAUUCUUCUUUGGUCCAGUGCAUUGAGUUUCCUACUUGUAUGAGUUGGACUUGGAUCAGAGAUUGGCAUCGAGAGCAGUAUUCUGCAUACUACACACAACAUUCAGCACAAAUAUUUUAAGUGUACAAGACUUUGUAGUUAGGUUUGCUGACCACUAUAUGAUGUAAAAGUUAUAAAUUUGCUAGAAUUUGAACAUAUGCAAUAUUAAUGCUAGAUUGCUGUACUGUAAUGGAAAGAUGCAGAAGGUGCUCCAUUAGACUGUCAUUUAUGUAACAAGCUAAACUUGUGGGUCAUACAAUGCAAGGACUUUAAAUUCAGUAAUUUUGAUGCCAUCCUAAAGGUUUAACAUUAUGUAAAUGGUUAGAUGAUUAUAUCCAGACAGAUAUCCUGACAGUGGAAUUCAUAACUAUAAAACUUUUAACAGGUUGGCUUCUUUCACCCAUGAGAACAUUGUCAUGGGGAAAACAGUUUUUUUUUUCCAUUGUUGAUUCUUUACCUACUCAACCUUUCACUAUGACUGUAGUUCUCCACUCAUUAUAUUCUUGUUUGUUCUUUCCUGUAUAAGAAUAUUUUUUAUUCCUCAUUUUUGCCUUGUUUACUUGUGGAUUGCAUGUUUAUGCAGUUGAGUAGAUCUAUCCAAAUGACUGGAUGAUUUACUUGCACAUGAACAAUAUCUUAUACUAUAUAAACUGUCUGCUGAUUUACUUUUAUUGGUGCAGUUGAAACCCACUUUAGGAAGAAAUUAAAUACCUCCAUACUGUAAUUUGGUCUAAGUUCUGAGACCGUCAUAAGCAAAUAGAACAGUAUGGAAAGAGGAACAUUUACAUACUCACAUGAUCUUAGGUGAGCUUGGCACCGUUGACCUCACUGCCAGUUCAAUGAUUAUAGUUAACUAUUUGAGUUAGCUAGGGCUGAGCUCGGAUUCUGGUUUUACCUCUUUAACUUUGAAUUGACUGACGUUAUUUGGCACUGUCAUCACAUUGACCGUCUCCCACCAAGGCCUGAAAAAGAAAAACUUUCAUCAUCAUCAUUCACUCCAUCACUGUCUUGCCUGAGGCAUGCUUUCACUGCAGUUAUAAAACUGCAACAUUAACACCCCUCCUUCAGAGUACUUCCCAUCUCCAGGAUUCAAGUCCGGUCUGCCAGUUUCAGUGAAUCCCUUCAUAAAUGUUACCUUGCUCACACUCCAACAGCACGUCAAGUCCUAAAAACCAUUUUUCUCCAUUCACUUCUAUCUAACACGCUCACGCAUGCUUGCUGGAAGUCCAAGCCCCUAGCACACAAAACCUCCUUUAUCCCAUUCCUCUAACCUUUCCUAGGCUGAUCCCUACCCUGCCUUUCCCCCACUACAGAUUUAUACACUCGAAGUCAUUCUAUUUUGUACCAUCCUCUCUACAUGUCUGAACCAUUCUGGAUAAUAGUUUUGGUAAUCCUGCACCUCCUCCUAAUUUCUAAACUAUGAAUUCUCUGCAUUAUAUUCACAUCAUGCAUUUCAUUCAGACAUGACAUCUCCACUGCCUCCAGCCUUCUUGUUGCAACAUUCACGAUCCAUGCUUCACACCCAUAUUGGCAUUGGUAAAACUGUACAUGUACUCUCAUAUAUUCCCCUCUUUGCUUCCAUGGACAUAGUUCUUUGUCUCCACAGAUUCCUAGGUACCACUCACCUUUUUUCCCUUAUCAAUUUUAUGAUUCACCUCAUCUUUUGCUGACCCAUCUGGUGACAUGUCCACUCCUAAAUAUCUGAAUACAUUCACCUCCUCCAUACUCUUUCCCUCCAAUCUGAUAUCCAAUCUUUCAUUACCUAAAUUUUGUUAUCCUCAUCACCCUAUUCUUUCCUAUACAGCCUCUCCUCACUUAAUGAUGGAGUUUUGUUCCUAAGACCAUGUCGUUAAAUGAAUUUGUCGCUAAGUGAGGAGCAUACUAUAAUGUGUGUGUGGUGUGGGUGUGGGUGUGGGGUGUGUGUGUGUGGGUGGGUGUGGGUGUGUCAGUUAGUUAAUAUUUUGUCCAAGGCACUUGUCACUAAGACACUUGGCCUGUUUGUGAGUGUCUCCCCCCUACCCUCUACCCUAAC